AUGGAGGACGACCGGGCAGCCACGAAUCUGGGGCCCGAAGCGGACCAGGACAUAGCAGAAGAAGCCGUGCCCGCAACCAAGCAACCAAAACGCCGUUUCGUGGGCCGAAAAACCGCGGAAAAGGCGAACGAGCAGCAGCAGGCGAAUCCAAACGCCAACAUUGAGGACUCGAGCGCGAUACAAGUGGCCCAGCCUCGGCGGACUGCGCGCGCCUUGAACGCCAUACCCGACGAUAUUGUGUACAACCAAGACAUCAACGAUGCCAUUGCCCUACUACCGCCCAACUACAACUUUGAAAUCCACAAAUGCAUACACCGCAUACGGACGUCAGGCGCCAAGUCGAUUGCGCUGCAGUUUCCCGAGGGCCUGCUCAUGUUUGCAACGACGAUAUCCGACAUCCUAACUCGCUUCUGCCCGGGGACGUCGACACUGAUCAUGGGCGACGUGACGUACGGAGCAUGUUGUAUCGACGACUAUACGGCGCGCGCGCUAGGAUGCGACCUGUUGAUCCAUUAUGCGCACAGCUGCCUGAUACCCGUUGCGGUGACCAAGAUAGAUAGACUGAGAGAGAGAUAG